AUGCCGCAACUGUCACAAAAGAAUGCCAAUGCACGUAAUGAUACGCUAGUCUCCCUCCUCAAGGACCUUAGUCUGCGUCUCGACGGCGACGAAAGGCAAAGAAUCGUAGAUGCUCUCCAGGAUUCAGACGACGAAUCUACCACGUCAGCCUUCACACCCUCCUCUUCCUCUUCUCGCCCAUCCGUCGCCUCCUUAUACCAAAAGCAUUCACACUUGCAGCCUAAUGCUGCUUCUUCCUCGACCCAGGUCCCAGGACCUUCAACCGACUCGGACCAAUCAUCACUACCCCGGUUAGACGGUAUCCUCCCCGACGAAUCAGACGAUGAAGAUGAAGAAGCAGCGGCAGAUCUCUUCCAUGUAGUCGAAGCAGGGUCUCCGGGCCAGGUGUCUGAAGUCCAAUGGCUGCAAAGCCUCAGAAAUAGGGUCCAGGUUCUCGUGCCUGUCGGCCUGGACCCAGCAAGCGCUUCAGUGCCCAUGACAUUUCCGAUACCUCCGGCCCUUGUCCCACCGCCAGCCUUCACUCCAACCAACCCGGUCCUCUCUACUGCUUCCAUCAGCUAUCUCCUCGCUACCUAUCAUCUCGAUGACGAAGGUGUCAAAACCAUUCAUGGCGGAAAUCCUUUCGAGCUGCCCUCGGAACAAACCGCCAGCUUUCUCUUCCAGUGUUUCAAACGCACUGUCCAGAAAUCUUUUCCCAUCCUGCCAGCCAUGCUUGAGGCACAGCUGCAUCAAUAUUACAGCCUGAUCCACAGCCAUAAGGAGAUGCAAUGCCCACAAAACUGGUUUGCCUUGGUCAAUCUCGUCUUCGCCAUUGGGGCCAAAUUCUCCCAUCUUAUCCAAGCUGACUGGUGCGGCGACACUCUCGAUCAUGUCACAUACAUGUCACGUGCUUAUCAGUUGCUUGUAAUGAAUGAUUCUGCUUUUGGUUUCUCGACUCCAGAUUUGACUUCUACUCAGGUAGCUAGCUUUUCCUCAGGAGCCUGGAUAAUGGCCCGUGGAGCCAUGCAAUCUGCACUUUCCCUAGGACUCCAUGUUCAGCAAGAGGAUCGUUCCAUGUCUGCAGCCAGACAACAAAGUCGAGUAGACACGUGGUGGAGUCUACAUGCACUAGAGAGCCUACUGGGCUCAAUCACGGGCCGUCCAAGUACUCUACCGGGUGACGAAAUCACGACUCCUUCAUCGAAAGCUUUUUUUGAUACAUUAUCCGGGAUGUAUGGACAAGGCGCACCCAUAACAACAAACAUGGCAUUCCUAGACGCUGACUCUAGCUUGCACACGAUAAUGCAGCAGGUGAUAUCCAGUCUGUAUACCCAACGAAAACUGAUUCCCCCAUGGUCUCACGUCCAACAGAAAAUGGUUGCGUUGGUAGGAGAUUUGGACAAGUGGGUUGUGGAUUGCGUACCCCACUUCCAUUCGGAAAGUUGGGCCAUGGAUGACGCCCAACAGCGUAAUAACUCUCUACUUAAAUUCCAGUACUACCGCGUAAAGAUUCUAAUGACACGCCCUUCGCUUCGCCGCAUCGAGCGCUCCACGGAAUCUGAGUCGGGUGAAUUCACAAGCUUGGACCAAUCCAUGGCCGAGGCAUGCAUUCAAGCAGCGAGCGAUGUGGUUGCAUUGUUGGGGACAGUGCCUGACACAACAACUUUGUACGAAAAGGGGCCGUGGUGGACCAUUGUCCAUAAUGGCUGGCUGCUUGCCAUGCGCGCGACCAACAUCAUUGCGGCGAGGGCACACCAACUUGUGUAUUCUCUCGUCAAGACAUCGAACCCCCAGGUCUGGGCUAGCAUUGCAGACGCGUUCCCAGACGAUGCUAGCAUGGUGUUGCUGCAACCUUUGCCCGCCAUUGUCGAUCCAAAGUACGUGCCGUGGCCAGCCAAAGAAUCGCCAAUGGACGCGUGGUUCGAAUAUGAUCUGAACAGCUUCUUCGGUUACAAUUGCCCUCCUUUGAUAUGA